AAUAAUUAUGUUUGUCCGGGGAUAUCGCUUUAUCAUAGAAUGCCUGGCUACUUGGUUUACUUUGCACUAAAAGACAAAUACCCACUUAUCUAUCAUCAUCUUCCAUUCUCUCUGUUCAUCACUGCACUUGCAUUUCUCUACCUUACACUCACCUCUAUGAUUUUCCAUCUCCUUCUUUUCUCUUCCUUACGCUCAAAAUCUCUAAUCUUGCACUAUUCUCCCAUGUCCCAAUACUCAAACAACUGACAAAAAAAAAAACAAGAAAAAUGGACACUGAUAGACCCCAUCGCUCCAAUAGCAACAACAAUUCCAGCAGUACUAGCAGCACUAGCGAACUUUUUAUUUGCUUCACCUCUCGCCUCCCUUCUUCUUCUAUGAAGAUCUCUUCUAAGUCUAUCCUUAGUCCUGGCCGCGCUAGGGAACCUUCUCAAAUCUCUCUCUCUAACUCUCUUAGCAGAAGAUUAAGAACUAAUGGUAGCAUGAAAGGUGGCCAAGCUUCUCCAAUGUUCCCCACUAAUGGCAAGAAACGUGGCUGUGCCUUUGAAAAUCCUGAACCUUCUUCUCCAAAGGUUACCUGCAUUGGUCAGGUCAGAGUCAAGACCAAGAAACAGGGCAAGAAACUCAGAACAAGAUCUCAAAGAAGAGGUGAGGUAAGUUUUAGAAGAGUAGACCAAACCAGCACCAGCAAUAGUAGCAAUAUUGAAGCCAGUAAUCAUCAAGAUUUUACUCACAACCAUGCAAACAAUCAAUUUCUGAAUCAGCAGCAACAACAGGAAUGCUUGCCUCAUCGGAAUCAGAGAUGGGUACAUCUACCUUUGACCAUAUGCGAAGCUUUAAGGGCUUUUGGUGCUGAAUUUAACUGCUUUCUACCCUGCCGCUCCUCCUGUAUGGCAAGCGAGAAAGAGAAGGAAGAUAAGGCUGCGGGAUCGAGCAAUAGCAGCUCUUGUGGGGCGGUUUUUGCUCGGUGGCUGGUGGCAGUGCAAGAGGGAGACGAAAAGGGAAGAGAGAUAGAGUUGGUGGUUGGCGAAGAUGAAGAAGAAGACAGGGAAGAUAGUACAGAGAGGAGGAGGAGCUAUAGGAGGCAUGUGUUUGAAGAGAUUGAAUUCAAGGAAGAGAAAUAUGGAGAAGGAAACGAAAGUAUGCAAGAAGAGGAAGCAAGGGUGAGUAUUUGCAUCCCACCAAAGAAUGCUUUGUUGUUGAUGAGGUGCAGAUCUGACCCUGUGAGAAUGGCUGCUCUUGCUAAUAAAUUCUGGGAAGCACCGCUUCCAAAUGAUGAGGAUGAGGAAGCUGGUGAAGAUGAUGGAAAAGAGGAAGAAGAAAAGGAAAACGUAGAAGUUGAAGCAGGUCACGAUGAAGAGAGGCAAAGAACACAACUUGAGCAAGAAAUGAAGCAUGGAGGGGAUUUGAUAAACGAAAGCUGCGUUUCUUGUGAAGCCGUUGAAGAGCAUCAAAUUCAAGAAACUGAAGCGAGUCUGGUUAAUUUGGAGGGAGAAGAUGGAGAAGAUUGCCAAGAGAGCAGCACAGAAAUACGUUGUGUGAAGGAAGGGAAUUUAGAAGAGCAAGAAGAGAAAACAGAAAUUCAGGUGAACCAGCAGCAAGAAACUCUAUUGGAUGAUUCUUCUCCUUCACGGGAAGAAACCGAAGAUCCAGAGUACUUGAAAGAUGAUGAAAAUGAAGAGGAGUUGCUCCAAGACAGUCGAGAUAAUCUAGAACGAAGGCUCAGCAGAGCAGAAGACGACGAACAAGAGAGAAAUUUCAGUGAUGACAACGUGUCCGUACAUCAAAAAGAAUCCGAAGAAGCUGGCCAAGACUUAGUAGAAGACCAAGAAUCAAAAUCAGCAGAGACUGCUCGAGCUUUAGCAGAAGAAUUUGCAAGACAAGAAACACAUGAACAGAGAGAUUCAACCUGCAUGCAAGAAGAGGAAGAGGAAGAAGAAGAAGAAGAUACAGUGGCCCAUGAAAGAUCCAAAUCCGUAGACCCGACAGGCCAAGAAGGUCAAAGUGAUUUGAAGUCGAAGGAGAGUGAAAGUCAGCCUGUGUUACCAGAAUGCUUGUUGUUAAUGAUGUGUGAGCCCAAGCUGUCAAUGGAGGUAUCCAAGGAAACCUGGGUAUGCAGUACGGAUUUUAUCAGAUGGUUACCAGAGCAUUCAAGGCCGGUCAAGAAAAAAGAAGGUGGAGAUGAGGCCAAGAAGAAAAGGAACAGCAUUGACAUCAAUCCUCCGCCUGUGCACAAUAACUGGCAGCAACCACCUAGGUCUUCUUGUUCAUAUCCGGCCAAGCCGCCGGCUCGUGCCGCUGGCGCAGAGUCUAUGUCUACAGUGAUAGAGCAGAAGCUGGUGGGAACCAAGGGUAUUGAGCCGUUUGUGCUAACUCGCUGCAAGUCGGAGCCGAUGAGGUCGGCGGCUAAGCUCGCACCAGAGGCUUGUUUUUGGAAGAAUAGGAAGCUGGAGCCGCAUCGUCCGGCUACGCUGGGGGUGGGCAAGGCUGGGGUUGGGUUUUAAAGCAGAGUUGAUUCGGAAGGAAUCUUGGGUAAGAAUUAAGUAAAGUUGUUUUGGUAAAACAGUAGUUUUGUAGUUUCCUUAUGGUGCUUUCACUGCUAUGGAUGGCAUCCUUGUAAAUCUAUUUUUUAUAUAUAUUUUUUUUUUCUUACCA